AUGGUCAACCUUGGACUCACAAAAGUGGACGAUGCGCUUGCAGCAAAACAUCCGGUAGGUCCUUUCUCUUUCUACUGCUUCAACCUUUUAUGCAAGACACUGCUGCAUGGCUGCUGUAGCUCAGCUGUAGAGGACACAUGCUUUGUGUUUUGACAUUUUAUACAAGAUUAUAUACAUUUACUAGGUUUUACAGCCUUCCUUGUUCUUCUUUGCUAGUUGUGUUCUCAGAUUUCUCACCAGAGCUACCUAACCUAGGACACAUAUUGAACAUUAAAAUAAUCUCUCAUGAUAAUUGCAUUUUGUAUUCAACACAUUUGCUAUCUUUCCACUCUCAGGGUUUACAACAGUAUGCUGCCUGUCAGUCUCAUGCCUUCAUGAAAGGGACAGGGACCUUUAUAUUGGGUGAGUGACAAUCCCCCAAUGCUUUGUUUUCUCAUCAUAUAACUAUUUAUGCAUGAAUGCAUAGUGGACCCUUUUUCAUGUACCCUAACAUUUCCUGUACUCUAUCUUAGGGACAAGUGGAUUAUUUAUCAUACAAAAAGUUAUUCAGAAGAGGUUUCCAUAUCCUUUGCAGUGGAAUCUGCUGAUUUCAACAGGUGAGAGUGUGCCUGUGUACUCAAAUUACAGCAAGUGAUGUGUACGUAUAACCUGCAGUGAUAUAGAGUUUAGAAUGAUUGUCUAAAUGUCAAUCAUGUCUACCUUUUUGUCUCACCUUGUUCCUUUCAUUGGCACCUCAACUCCCCUUCAGUGGCUUCGUCAGUGGGCAGCUAUGCAGUAACACGCUGGGAGACAAUGAAGUGCACUGACCUAUGGAUGUUAAUAGAGACAGGGAAAGAACCAGACCGAACGCCACACAGUGAGUAUAGCAGUGGUUCUACUCUAUUCUAUCUCAUUCUAUACAACGUGAACUCCAUCUCAAUGCUUGUUGUGCAGACGGACACCAAAUAAGAGUGGUUGACAUUAGGCCAGUGGUUUAUUCAGCUCUCAGGUCUCUGACAUCUCUCUGUGUCUGUCUGUGUUGCAGUAGCAGAGCCCGCCCCUGAGGAACCAGCUGGGCCUAAGAAGACCCCAUAUGGAGAUGUGAUGGAAUGA